AUGAAGUCUUGCCAAAACGUCUACCCUGUCAAAAUUGAAGUUGGAGACAGAAGAUACGUGGUUUUAAGAGUUAAUGGUAAAUUCAAGGGUCAAUUUGAUUACUUCAAGAAUUUAAUGGAUUCAUGCACAAAGGAAUUUUAUGAUAACCUUUUAACAUAUUUUAUCAAUUACGACCUUUCAUCAUUUAAUGUACGAAUCAUACCGAUGACUGAAGCCAAACAAGAUUUAAUUGAAUUAUCAACAAAUCCUUUAGAUGUAUGGAUAAAUACACAUUAUGAUGAAUUGUGUGCAGGUAUGACAUAUAAAAAUGCUCUAUUCUGCAAACCAUCAGACAUGAAAGACAAAAACUUUCAAAUGAGCAUUAAGGAUAAAUGUGAUAAGAAACAGAGAAGAAUAGAUGGUAAACAAACAUGGUGUUAUGUUUUGAAAGAAGAAAUGAAAGGAUUAUAUAAACAGGUUGAACCAAACGAUAAUGAGGAUUCAUUUACUGACGAUGAAAUACCUGUAAAUGAUGCUUUAUAA